AUGGAUAAUCAUAAAGCUACAAUCACAUACAAGACUUUAAAAUCAAAUCUUGUUAAUUUACCUUCCCAUUUAACUAAUUUAUUAUUCACGGCUAAUAUCAAAGUUCAAGAUGUAAUUGUGGAGAUUGUCACUGAUAGUAAGUCCAAAACUAAAACAUAUGCUGGUUGGUCAGGAAUGUCAUCAUCGGGAUCAAUAACAUCAUUAGAGAUAGAUCCUAUAUUUGCACAAUCAUUAAAAUUAUCAGAAAACACCAAGAUUGUAAUCAAUUUAAAAUUGGGCAACUAUGAAAGUACAAAUAUCAAUUUAGAACCAUUGACUAGUUCUGAUUGGGAAUUGGUGGAAUUACAUGCACAAUUAAUUGAAGAUAAAUUAUUGAGUCAAACAAGAUGUGUUGCAUUAAAUCAGGUAUUGGUGGUUUAUCCUAACUCUUCAACGUAUGCCAAAUUAUUAGUAACUGAUUUGGGUAAAGAAGGAGUACAAUAUGCAAAAAUUUCUCCAUAUUGUGAAAUAGCCAUUGCUCCUAAGGUUAGAAAGAAGGAAGAUGAAACUGCUACUACUAAAAGUGUUAGUAGUUCAAAAAGCACCAAAAGAUCUCCUUCUGGUGAAGAUUAUUCGGAGUUGCCUCUGAUUUUAAAAAGAGGAAUCAGUUUACCUCAUGGAUUAUACGAUAUCAAAAGUGACAAAGGAUACACAGUUUACAUGGAUUUGAAUGAAUUGACAAAUAAGUUUGGUGAUUAUGUUGCGGUUUCCGUUAUACCUGGUCCAAAUGAUAAACCGUCCAAGACUGUUGAUGACGAGAACAAGGACUUGAAGGAGAAUAAAAGAAUCGUUGCCAGAGUCGUGGACUACAAGAAUGGAUUAUCAGAAAAUAUUGGACUUUCAAGAGAUUUAUCAGUGGCAUUAAAUAUUGAAAAUCAAAUUGGAAACAUAAUUAGUUUGAAGCCAGCCAUUAGAAAUUUACCUAAAAGACCAACCACAUUCACCGUUCAUCCGUAUAUCAUCCACACAAAGAAAAAGGAAGUUACUAUAAAUAAAAAAGACAACAAGGUAUUACAACAGUUGACUGAAAAAUUCUACCCCGAUAUUGCCAGUAUGCCAAUCACCAAUUUUAUUAAAAUUCCAGUUAUACCGAACAUCCUCCCAUAUGGUGGGUUGUUGAAAUUCAGGAAAAACGAUGAUUCCAACGCAUGGAUCAAACCAUAUAGUUUAGAAUCCAAAAAACCGAUAAAGUUGGAACUUGGGGAUGAAUUGUUAAGAACACAAUCAUUCAUCGAACAGCCACCAAAUGAUGACAAUGAUCUUGAAGCUAUUGGACUAGACGAAACUGUUGACGAUAUUGUUGAUUCUUUUACAACUUCAGAAAAUACCGGUACUUUGAUUCAUGGUAAUUCAGGUAGUGGUAAGACAUUGCUUUUGAAACUACUUGCUCAAAAGCUCAAUUCAGAGCACGGAUUUUACACAAGGUAUAUUUCCUGUGAAUCAAUUAUGAAUGAAAACUUUCAAAACUUGUCGAAAAACCAUUUGUUCAAAUAUAUUCAACAAUGUGCUUGGAAUAAACCAAGUUUGUUAAUCUUGGAUAACAUUGAUAAAAUCAUGAAUAUUGAAAUGGAAAAUAUGGAUGCUACUAAAUCAAACCAAGUUACGGAAUUUUUUAUUUCUAGUCUUGCUAAAGUACAUAAUCAAACCAAUUCAAAUUUAUCAAUUUUGUUGUCAUCCACAUCUAAAGAAAGUAUCAACAAAUUAUUGUUAGGAUCCCAUUUACUUGAAAAUUUUGUUCAUUUAAAUGCCCCAGAUAAAGCAUUGCGUUUUGAUAUAUUGGAUCAAUAUUUGACCAAGAAAUUGGAACUUAAAAUCAAAGUUGAUUUGAUGGAUUUAGUCAGUGAAACAGAAGGUUAUUUACCAAACGAUUUGAAGAUUCUUAGUGACAGAAUCUACCAUGAAGUUUUAUUUAGUGACAGUGAAGAGAAUACUGUUAGAACUGAACAUAUAGAAAAAGCAUUAGCUGGAUACACACCUUCUAAUUUACGUGGUGUCAAACUUCAAAAGUCUUCUAUCAAUUGGACCGAUAUUGGUGGAUUAAAAGAAGCAAAAAAUGUUUUAUUGGAAACUUUAGAAUGGCCAACCAAAUAUGCUCCAAUUUUUGCAAAUUGUCCAUUGCGUUUGCGUUCCGGUAUUUUGUUAUAUGGAUACCCAGGUUGUGGUAAAACUUUAUUAGCCAGUGCUAUUUCCGGACAAUGUGGAUUAAAUUUCAUUUCUAUCAAAGGUCCAGAAAUUUUAAACAAAUAUAUUGGUGCCAGUGAACAAAGUGUUCGAGAAUUGUUUGAACGUGCACAGGCUGCUAAACCAUGUAUUUUGUUUUUUGAUGAGUUUGAUUCUAUUGCUCCAAAGAGAGGGCAUGAUUCAACUGGUGUUACUGAUAGAGUGGUCAAUCAAAUGUUGACCCAAAUGGAUGGUGCAGAAGGAUUGGAUGGUGUUUAUGUGUUGGCUGCUACUUCCAGACCUGAUUUAAUUGAUAGUGCAUUGUUGAGACCCGGUAGAUUGGAUAAAAGUGUUAUCUGCGAUAUGCCUAGUUAUGAAGACAGAUUGGAUAUUUUGAAAAGUAUAACUACCAAGAUGGAGCUUGCAGAUGAUGUUAAUUUAGAAGAAAUUGCUGAGAAAUCGCAAGGUUUCAGUGGUGCUGAUAUCCAAGGGUUAGUUUCUAAUACAUUCCUUAAAGGAGUUCAUGUUACUCUUGAAGAGUUGUCUAAAAAAGAACAAGAUGAAGCUACAGAGACAGAUAAUUCAAACACAAGUAUUGAAUUUUUCAAAGUUGGGAACUCGGAAAAGAAGAUGAAAACAAAUGAAAGAAUUCAAUUAUUACAUCAAAUUCAACAAUUUGUUAAUGAUAAUGAUAAUGACACGAAAAAGAAUCAAGAUAUUAUGGGUAAAUCAAAAGUUUUAAUAACCCAUGAUAAUUUCAUUCAAUCCUUAAAAGAGACAAAACCUUCUAUAUCACAUUCGGAAAAAAUCAAAUUAUCUAAAAUUUAUAAGCAAUUUGUCAAUGAUCGUGAUGGUAAUAUGCCAGAUGGUACACCAAGUAAUGAAAUUGGUGGAAGAACAACUUUGAUGUAA